UACAGAGUAUCAAGCUCUCAAACUAGACCAGGAUUUAUGGGUGUUUUGUUUUUUAUCGUUCAGAGUUCAGACCAAAAAGUGGGCAGCUAUAAAUGGUUGUAAAUCGCCUUACUUCAUCGAUUCAUGUCUUUCAGAUACUUGGCAAUGUUUGGGCUUGGGAAGGGUAAAGUGAGAGAUCGAAUGGAGAAAUUCGUCGUUCUUCCUUUCUCCAUGGGUUGUGCUUCGCAAGCCAGUGUUGCUGUUGCUGAACCAAGGCCUAGAAGAUCAAAAGCAGACUUACAUUCCCCUUCAUUAAGAAUCCAGGAAGAAGAGGACGACGAUGAAAGCUUAUCUGGUGAGAGCAUGAAGAAUUCUUCAAGGUUUUUGGCGCUUCCAAGAACUAACUUGUCCACUGGGGUUAACAGGCUAGUGAAAGGUUUCAAAAGUUUGUCGCAACUAUUCAUUUAUGAAGAUGAAAUGGCAGAGUUGGAGAUGAACAUGGAAAUCGGGUGUCCAACCGAUGUGAAGCACGUUACACACAUUGGGUGGGAUAACCUAGCUAAAACAGACCCACUAAUAGGGUGGGAUAACCUCAUCACAUCCGAGCUGCUGUUGUCUUCAUCGUCUCACGAUCACCCUGCAUCAUCUGCAGUUAGCUUGAAGCAGUUUAAUAAGCUUGCAACUGCUCCUGAAAAAGACAGUCCAACCUUUGUUAGUAGUUUCAGUGCCUCCUCUUCAUUAGCUUAGUCUUGAAGAUUUAAUAUAAAUGUUUGCUUUUGAUCAUAUAUUAUAAAUAUAAUACUUUGUAUUAUAUGUCUUGCAAUUAAAGUUGGUUCUAUUUGUGGGCAUAUAUUAUAUGAUAUGAUGUGGUUUGUAUUGUGCUAGGUUUUGUGUGAUUAUGUACAAAUCAUGGCAGUUUUUAUAAUGCACCACCAACUCCAUAAUCAUAUUGCAUAUUUGUACUGUGGUUGGUUAUGAUUGGUUUGAUCUGGAGUGUACUCAUUUGUUGUAAAGAACAAGUUGUGAUACGUAGGAAGGAAAAGAAAAUGAAUUUUAUGUGAAUGUGAUUAUUA